UAACUAUGAAAACCUUGAUCAAAAUCACUACACAUUUAAUCAUAAUCCCUACAAAUAAAUUACUACUAUAUUCAAAUUACUACUAAUCUAAAACUAAACCCUAUUAGAAACAUAAAAUUUAAUCAUGAUCCCUACAAAUAAAUUACUACUACAUUCAAAUUACUACUAAUCUAAAACUAAACCCUAUUAGAAACAUAAAAUCAAACCCGUAGAGAAUAAUCACCACAAUCUGUAAAAUUCCUCCAGAUCUGAAUAUUACUGCUAUAUAUAAUUCUGGCGGCAUCGGCGUCGACGUCGUUGCGGCAUAAUCAGCCAUUAGAUUAACAACGUAAAAUCAAGCCAGUUGAGAGACAUUGCCGCGUUCAUCGGCGUCGCUACGGAGCCGCAGACUCGUUGCGAAAUCGACAUCGAUGUAGCGCGACGGCGGCGAGGUAGAGGGACGAGAGAAUGGGCUUCUCGUAGCGGCAGAAUUGACAUCGAUAUUCCCGGCUCCACCGCUUCCCCUUCCUGCUUUCGCACAGGCGAGACUUGGAUCUGGAACUCGCUCGGAGAGACGAAGAUGUUGAGUCCGGCCGGAUUGGACGACGACCACUUCAACGUCCAAACGAAUUCUAUAAAUCGCGAAAUAGCUAGUUAAUCACCCCAAGAAAAGUAAAAGCUCACUAUUUUGAGUUUUGACCAAGCUAAUUAGUGAACUGAUAGUAGAGAGGAGGUCCAAGAAAGAAGCUCAGAGAAAACGAAUUCUAGAAAUCGCGAAAUAGCUAGUUGGGCGUAGAAAACGCGUCGUCUCUUUCAACAGGCCAAAGGACGCAUCACCCUUCCUUCGCACGCCGCACGGAAACCCCCUCUUUCCCUUUUUUUAAUUAAUCACUGUAUUCUUUCCUGACCACAGGCUGAUGCAGCCGCCAGGAAGGAAGCCAUGGCAAUGACUUCCAUUGACUUAUCGCAACCAUUUCCCCCCUUAUAAAAACCCGCACACCAAAAAAAGCUUCACCCACCAAACCUAUCAUUCAAGCUCUUAACUCCCAUCUCUCAAAACUUCCCAACAAUCUCCCCUUGUUCGAUUCCACUCCUACUCCGAAGCUCACUCCUCUGUUUUCCCCCCUCCCUUCUCGUCCAAAAAUGAAGGUUGUGGUUCUUAAACUGGAUCUGCACGACGACAGAGACAAGCAGAGAGCGAUGAAGAGAGUCACCGGGAUUUCCGGGGUCGACUCGGUGUCGAUGGACAUGAAAGACAUGAAGAUGACGGUGGUGGGAAACGUGGAUCCGGUGGAAAUCGUGAGCAAGCUGAGGAAGCUGUUCCCGACGGAGGUGGUGUCGGUGGGACCGCCGAAGCAGCCGGAGAAGAAGAAGGAAGAGCCGCCGGCGGCGGCGAAGAAAGCAGAGGAAGGAAAAGACAAGAAGAACCCCGAGGCGCCUCCUCCUCCCGUUAUCUCCUACUACCCUCCUCAGGUCAACGGUGGUUACUACUACAAUCAAUACCCUUAUCAGCAGCAGAAAGGGUACGGGAAUUACCCUUACCACCAGUACGGCGGCGGCGCGCAAGUCGUCGGCGACGAUCCGAAUUCUUGCGUCAUUUGUUAGAUUGGAGAUCAAUUGCGUACGCGAAGAGUAAGGGCCGCCCCAAUUGGAGAUCAAUUAUGUAUAUAUUGAUGGUUAUUCGGGGUGUGGAGGAGGCUGUAACUAAGCUGAUAGUUACGGGGACUACAGUAAAUUUUUACCCUUUUUUUGGUUAUCGGUGAUGAGCCGAAAUUUAAUUUCUUUGAAAUGAAGCGAAAGGAAGCUUAAAUCGGUUAGCCUUCAUACUCAAAUUUUCUCGAGCUUCCCUUCCAAUUGUGGUGAACCGUUAUUUGUCAGCGUGGUUAGAGAUGAUUUUAUCGGUCAAUUGUCUGUUUGGCUGAAAAAGAGAAUGGCGGUAGAUUUGUCGAUUUGGCAAAAGACAAGGGGCAUAAUUAUCUGUUGGCUAAGAUAGGCUGAUGUAUUCUCAAU